AUGCUGUGUCGGCUGCGUGGUGUGCCGGUGGAGUCAGUGCUGCCGCUGCGGCUCUCGGGCGGUGCGUUCGCUGUUUGGUCACAGCUGCCCGCCCACAGCCAGUCCUCGCUGGUGGCCGUCCGCGGCGCACUGUAUGCAGCCUUCGCCCUUGACCAGCACGCAGCGUACGAAGCCUUCUCAGCACGGCGGCUGAGGCCGGGGGAGUCAGCUGACGUGUUUCUGGCCGACCUGCGGCGGUUGGCGGCCCUGUUCGGCGGACUGCCAGAGCGCGCGCUGACCUGCGCGUUCGUCGCGGGGCUGCCGGACGACGUCCGCCAGACCAUUCGCGCCGGCUCAAAGGCUGAGGGACUGGACCUGACUACCAUCGUGGUUCGCGCACGAGCCAUUCUCAGCACACUGAGCGGUGCGCUGCCCAUCACGCGGCUGAGGGUGGAAGGCCGCGAGUGCAGCGUCCUGAUUGACACCGGCAGCACGGAGAACAUCAUUUACGCUCCCCUCUGUACGCAGUGGAGACCGCGGCAGGUGCGCGUGACCACCAUCAGUGGGGGUCAGCUGGAGUGCUGCGGUGUUGGCGCCGUGGUCGUGGAAGCGCCGACGGGCCACCGCGGCACACUCGAGACGGUGGUGGUGGAGAAGCGGCCUCUGGGAGUGGAUAUGGUCCUCGGGAUCGCAGGCGUCUCUGCACUGGGUGGCGUGACCGUGCUCUCUCCAUCUGAGGUCCGCUUUUGUGGAGCGGUGUGCAGUGAGCCACUGGGCGUGGAUGCGCCGGACUUCCGUGUGUGCUUUGACUCGGCGGAGCGGAGAUGGACCGUGGCCUGGAAAUGGCGUGACGGCGAAGGUCCCGAGUGCCUGACGAACACUGUCGCCCAGUAUACAGUGCCGUCAGCCGCACGCCGUGAAUAUGACGCGGAAUUGGACGCAUGGAUCGCACAGGGCUGGCUAGUGCCGUACGAUGAGGACCGCCAUGGGGCGGCGAAGGGACUGGUGCCGCUGAUGGCUGUGCAGCAGAGCAACAAGGCCAAAGUGCGCCCGGUAAUGGAUUACCGCGAGCUGAACGGUUUUGUAUCGGCUCACACAGCCGAUGCUGAUGUGUGUGCGGAUCAGCUCCGGAAGUGGCGCCGUCAUGGCGCAAACGUGGCGGUGAUAGACCUAAAGCGCGCCUACCUGCAAGUGCAUGUAGAGGAGCGGCUCUGGCCGUACCAGACUGUGAUGGUUCGAGGCCAGAGGUUUUGCCUGACACGCUUAGGUUUUGGCCUUAAUACAGCCCCUCAGAUAAUGAAGGCCGUUGUGAGGUCCGUGCUGGAGCAGGACCCGGACGUACAGCGUGCCGUCCUUCCGUAUGUGGACGAUCUUCUGGUAAACGAAGACGUGCUGAGCGCAGACAGUGUGGUGGCGCACUUCGAGAAGUUCGGGCUGAACUGUAAGCCCCCAGAGCGGGCAGCCAGCGGAGCUCGGCUGCUGGGCCUGCGCGUCCAGGCAGAGGGCGGCAAACUGCAGUGGACUCGGGACAACGCGGUGGGAGCGCCGCCGGCACCUGUCACGCGCCGUGCCGUGUUCUCGUGGUGUGGGCGGCUGGUGGCACACCUGCCCGUGUGUGGAUGGCUCAGGCCUGCGGUGGCCUGGCUCAAACGGCGUGUGAACCAGAUGACUCGGGCGUGGGAUGACGUCACCGAUGACGCAGCGCUGCGUGCUCAGCUGGACUAUGUUGCAGGCCGCUUGAAUGGUGACGACCCAGCCCGCGGCACGUGGUGCGUUGAGGGUGACGCCAUGGCUGUUUGGACGGACGCCAGCUCCCUGGCCACCGGAGUCGUGCUGGAGUCAGCGGACGGUGACGUCAUCGAGGACGCGUGCUGGCUAAGACAUAAUGAGGCCACGCACAUCAACAUGGCCGAGCUGGACGCCGCCAUCCGAGGCGUCAACCUGGCUGUCGCCUGGGGAGCGCGGACAAUCGAUCUCCGCACCGACUCGGCCACUGUUCAUCGCUGGCUUGAUGACGCCAUCAGCGGCCGCGCGCGCCUCAGAACAAAGGCGCACGGUGAGCUGUUGAUUCGGCGACGUGUGGGGAUCAUCUGUCAGCUGGUCGGUGAGCUGCAGCUACGACUGUCGGUGACGCUCGUGCGGUCGGCUGAGAACCGAGCUGACGCACUGACGCGAGUCCCCAAAGACUGGCUUCGUAACGUGAGUGUGACUCGAGAGUGCGAGUCUCCAUCGCCCGGAGUCAGUGCGGCGGUCGUCUCCGAGCCGCCGCCUCUGGCCGGUGCCGCCGCUGGGCGUGCCGACGGCGGUACGGCGGACGAGCUCCGUGCAGCCGUGUGCCAGUCACACGAUCGGGCCGGCCACCCCGGUGUCCGUCGGACAUUGUACUUUGCCCGCCCUGAUGUGUCGCGUGACGUCACCCGGGCUAUGGCUCGUGCGGUGGUGGAGAACUGUGACGCGUGCCGCUCGAUUGACCCGGCACCGGUGCGGUGGAGACAUGGCUCGCUCGGCGUGUCUGUCCCGUGGCAGCGCAUAUCCAUCGACGUCACCCAUCACCGCGGACAUAACUACCUCACCGUCAUUGACUGUGGGCCAUCGCGCUUCUGCGUAUGGCGCUCGCUGCGUCGCGCCAACGCCAUCGAGAUUGACAGCGACGGGGACAGUGACAGUGUCGAUGACGGCGACGGGGACAGUGACAGUGUCGAUGACGAGCCGCCAUUGUACGUGGACUGUCACUGGGAGGCAACCGAGGACGGCGCUGACGCGGCUGUAGACAAUGGAACCACCGUGCGUGCUGUGCCUGAGACAUUGCAGCACACCACGGAGCAGACGGGGACUGAGCCCCCUGCAGCCGAGCCGGCUGUGGCUGAGCCUCCUGCAGCCGAGCCGGCUCAGGUCGAGCCGGUGCUGCUGCGGCGGAGCGCCCGCCUGCAGAGUCGGAUGGUCCGUUAG